GUCACAAAGAAGCUGCAUCGUUUAAAAAAAGGCUAUGGGGUUUAUAUUAUGUGAGUCAUAGUCCAUUCUUUUCGUAUCAAUGGUGCCAAAAUGAGUGGUGAUAAUACAAAACCAUCAGAUUCACCUGAGAGUGAUUUCACCAAGCAAUGGCCUUCGGAGCUCUCCGAGUACCUGAAUUUAGAUGAUGAUCAAUGGUCAUACGAUGAUCUCGAUUCAUUUGUUUCAGGGCAUGUUUUCAGCCAUAAGACUGAAGCCAAUGAAGUUGGUGAGCUUGGAGGAAGUAGCACCCACCAUGAAGAGUUUUCUAUCAGAGACGAUGGUAAUGAACAUGAGAAGAAGGAAGUGAGAGAUAGAGUUGCGUUCAAAACAAAGUCAGAGAUAGAAAUAAUGGAUGACGGGUUCAAGUGGAGGAAGUACGGAAAAAAGAUGGUGAAAAACAGCCCAAAUCCAAGGAACUACUACAGGUGUUCAGUGGAGGGAUGUUCAGUGAAGAAGGUAGUUGAAAGGGACAAGGAUGAUCCGAGGUAUGUAAUAACAACCUACGUAGGCACCCAUACUCAUCCGAGUUACAAUUAAAUCGAAGAAGUUGAAGUUUCUGGGGACAUAGCUAGUCUGCAUGUGCUCUUCCCAAGUGUUAUGUGGUAAUUUUUCAUGAACAAUUGAAGUUUAAGGGCUAAUUAAGAAGAUCACAUACCACGACAACUAAUAUGGAACAUGUAGUGAUUUGAUGAAGAUGAGAUUGAGAACUAUGGGGAGGAUACAAAGAAAAAGGACAAUGAGAUUUUCCCAAGUUGUACAAGCCUUUAAGUCUGUAAUCAAUUAUUAUAUUGUCCUUUAUUUUGUAAUUUGCUUAGGAAUCAGAAGAAGUACUUCUUUCAACCUCAAAUCACAAUCUUC